AUGACGACUUCGGGUCUUGGUUCAGCGACCAACAUCCUUACACAGAACGCUCGAACACCUCUCACGCCGACUCCUAGUACAGGACAAACAGUUUUGGUGACUCCAAGCACCGGUGGAGGCUUCCAUGGCAGCUCAAAGCUGAGAAGGAUGAUGAUUGGCGCCGGCGGUGGAAAAAGUUUACCCGCAGAUAAACAUGAAAGCGCGGAGCUGGUAGUCAUCACAUACGAAGAUGGCCUGCGUAAGCUGGGAAUAGAUCCCAGCGGUGGCCAGCCUCAUCCGCACCAUAUCCUGUACCCAGAGUACGAUGAGAGUGAGAUGGACAAUGGCUCUCCAGUCAGAGCGGUGGAUUCUCCGAGGGCGAAACCCGGACGUGAUAGGGGAAAGGCGCCACCACCGGCGUUGGAAAGUACGUGGUUGCCAAGUUAUUAUCAUAAGCCUCGGACAGUGCAUGGAUGA